AUGAAUGUGGGUAGCCUCGGCAAUGACCCCGGCCUGUUCUUUCCCUUCGAGUCGUCUGAUUUUCCACCCAAACCGGUGGCUCAGCUUUCGAUUCGGCCAGAUCCAGUGGGUGCAAUUCUGAAACUAAAAAAUUUCCGACAGACAGGUGCACAUCACACACCUCACCGCUGCAAGCGGUGUAAUGCCAGCCCUUACGAUCAAUCACGCAACGCGCACGAAUGUAUUGACCUCGCGGCACCAGGUUUCGACACUCCCAGACACGUAUACUUUGAAUUGUUCAAGGUCUCUAGGUACACGCCAAAUACGAAGUUCUCACUUGUCAAUUUCUAUCCGGAGAAAUAUUCCAAGCUUGAAGCCAUUGGCUUGAAGAAAAUUCCAACGCUCAGUGCCAAGGUCGCACACCAGAUGAGAUAG